CAAACAAUAACAAACCAAAAAGAAGAAAAAGCAAGCCCUGAAACGCUCAAAAACCCUAGAAACGAAUUCCGAGUGGAAGACAAGAAAUGGAGGAGACGACUAUGGAAGAAGGAGACUACAACAGAGACAUGGAGGUCUCUCCAGCCCUAAUUGCAGUUCACCCUUCCCAAUAUUCCGUUGCAGUCGCCGUUGGCUCGGACCUCCGCGUCUUCGAUCUCCAGGGUGGUUGUCCAGUUUCAUUGGUGGAUGAUACUAGUGAGCCUCUUCAUAAGGAUUCAAUUAGAGCAAUCCAUUAUGGUGCAAAAAAGGGCAACCUUUUCGUAUCGGCUGGUGAUGACAAACUAGUUAAGAUUUGGAACACCGAUUCUUGGCGCUGUAUAUGUACUGUGUCAUCAGAGAAGAGAGUAAGCGCUGUUGCCAUAAGCAAUGAUGGUCUGUUUGUUUGUUUUGCUGACAAAUUUGGGGUUGUUUGGGGUGUGGAUUUGGAUGGAUUACAUGAAAAUCAAACUUCACCCAGUAUGAAGAAGGCAGUGCCAAUUCUUGCCCACUACUGUAGCAUCAUUACUAGCCUGGAAUACUCACCAGAUGGACGAUUCAUUGUUAGUGGUGAUCGGGAUUUUAAAAUUCGUGUUACUGUGUUUCCCAAGAAGCCUUUGGAUGGAGCUCAUGAGAUACAGAGUUUUUGCCUUGGGCAUACCAAGUUUGUGUCCUGCCUUGCCUUCGUUUGUGCUUCAGAUUAUCCUGAGGGAUUUCUUCUCUCUGGAAGUGGUGAUUCAACAGUUCGAUUGUGGGAUAUAACUUCCGGAUGUCUUCUUGAUACCUGUGAAGUUGGAGCAGAGGCAGCAUUUCUAGAGUCUAAUGGAAAAGAAGAGGAAUGCUGCACUGCCAUUACCAAUCUCUGUGCCAUUCCUAACAGUUCAUUAGUUGCAGUGGCCAUUCAGAGCCUCUCAGGAAUAGUGUUUUUGCGCUGCAACCUUUCUGACAAAACUCUUUCCAUUGCCAAGGUGAUUUCCAUCAUGGAAGAGGCCUUCAUUCCGACAAGCUUAGGAACUAGCUCCUCUACAAAGUUAUUUUGGAUGGUCACCGGUAUCUCCAACUUACAAGGUUCUGAUCUCACUUCUUUAGCCCGUGUGAAGGUUGUAUCUGGUUUUGACAAAACGAACCCUGAUUCUGGCGAGCUUGAUCCAAUUGUGUUGGAAGAUAAUGAUAUUCCACACGGAAUGCAACUGCUUGAAAAGUUGCAGGGAAGCGCGUCCAUUGAGAAGGCAGUGAUCUCAGCAGCUGCGGAAACUGUGAAAACAACAAUGCGUAAUACAUUGAUUAAAAAGCAAUAUUCUGCGGAUAAGCGAGAGUUCAGAAAGAGGGGCAGAAAUGAUAGAAAAAUUAAAAAGUAGAAAAGAAAUUUUUUUUUUUUUUUUUUUUUUCAUU